CCUACCGCGAUGCAGCAAGUUCGCGCGCACAUUGGAGGUGUGCGGGACCUCAUAGAUACAGUCGCUGGCAGCACUGGGGAGAGUGGAAUUGGAGGAACUCGACCCGCUGAAGCGAGAGAGAGGGCGCCUAGUGGCUGGAUGAACGAGAACAAUCCUCGACCAGGGCGUGCCGUAGCCCCAGGACAACAACCCUCAUCCUCAUCAAAUUCAAGUUCGGUGAUGCCAGGAAGCAUGCUCGCCAAAGCCGCAGCAGUAGCCGCCCAGCAGCAGCAGCAGCAUCAGCAACUAGCCGCGCAUAACUCACACGCGUCGAGGUCAAAAGGAGGAGCAGUAGGACAAAAGGAAGCUCAGCCGGACGCUUUUUCACUUCGCGUCAAGGGAAUAUCAGAUCGCAUAAUCGCCGCGCUUGUGCAGGGUGCGCCAAAGAGUUACUCUGAGGUUGCUAAUGACCUCCGUGAGCUAGAAGCAGUUAAAGGGCGCAUCGGCAAGGACGUGCUCAGGGAAAGCGGGGUGGGUAAGGCGCUCUCGGAAUUGGCAAAGGCGGGGACCAACAUGCCGCAGCGCGUCAAGACACAAGCCCAGGAAUUGGUUACGCACUUGAAGAAAUCGGUUCGAGCAGAAGGAUCGGCGUCAUCAAUCAGCGACGCGCAGCAGCUGGCUCUAGUCGCUAGUAAUGUAUCGAGAAACAAAAUAGUCGAUACAGCUAGAGUGCCAAAACCGAAUCAACGUCAAGAACAGACGCAAAAUUAUAGCAACGGCAUGGCUAGCGCUAGCGCUAGCAUCAGUACAACAAGCACGCAACAAAUUGCCGUAAUUUCUGGUGCAGGAUCUUCGGCAAACACUAGUAAUCCUCGC